AUGAAAAAGAAUAAUUGUUUUAAUAUUAAUUUAAAAAUAGUUACGAGUGGCGGGGGCGCCGGUGAUAGUUCCGAAUCCCAUGAUACCGAUCCCCCCGAAGAUACCGAUAGUCCCCCUGUUACCAGACGCAGACCCCCCGCUUCCAAAAGAUCCAGACCGUAUUCCGAACUGCUUAACCAAGUUCUUAUUGAUAAGUUUAAGGUAAGUGAAUAG